AUGCUUAAUGUUUGGAUUCAUUUGGUUUCAAAUAAAACAACUCCGCCUGGUACAAUAUAUAAUAAUAAUAAUAAUAAAUCAAUCGUAGUAAAUCAGCCGACAAGAAUCCCAAUUCAAUGUAAUAAAACUAACAAUCCUAGCAAAGUGAAUAUAGACGAUUUAAAGAAAAGAGUUAUACAAGAGUUUCCUCAAUGGUACAACGAAGAAGUUAAAAAUGGAUUAUACUUCGAAAUGGGUAUAGGAAUGAUAUUAAGGGAUGGUAUUAAUACUAUUAGUAGAAUAUCUUCUCCGCUAGGUGCGAAUAAUAAUUAUACCUUUGGUGUUACAAGUGUACCAACUAGUCCUAAAAGUCCCAAAUUGAUAAUACCUAGUUAUUUGAACAAUAAUUUCAAUACAUAUAAUAACAAUAACAAUAAUAAUAACAAUAAUAAUAAUAAUAUCACUGUUAAUAAUCUAAAUACUACUAAUUACAUUAAUACCAACAAUUUGAUUAUAUUUGAGCCCGACGAACUUGUAUAUGAUAUAUUAUUGAAACACUUUGGUGGACUAAACUUACAAACUAGUGCAAACCCAUUUAUUGUUUUUGUUAAUUUACCAAUGAAUUUAAUAUUUAACAAUUCUGGUACUACCAUGGCUAAUAAUCCCCAUAGUUACAAUAAUAACACUAUUAACAAUAUCAAUAUCAAAAGUAAUGAUGAUAGCGAUGAUAGCGAUAAUAACAGUAAUGAUAAUGAUCAUGGUAAUAGUAACAAUAAGAAUAAUAAUGGUAGUACUAACGACGACAACAACAACAAUAAUAAUAAUAAUAAUAACACCCAAUUAUUACCUCCUAUAAACGAUAUCAGAGAUAAUAGUAAUAAUAUUCAAGGACAACACCACCUAUUUCAAAAAAAUGAUAAAUAUAAUACCAGUGAUUCCAAUAAGAAAAAUAGCAUCGAAAAUGGCUUUUUCUUAAUUCCUAAAGCAUUCAAGGGCGAUCCUAAAUUAACACUACUGAAGACAAAACAACAAAGUUAUGUGAAAAAACCACAGGUGAGGAAUAACAAUGAGGGAACUAAUUUGAUUGACAACAAUACCAAUACUGUUGCUACCACUACUGGCAAUAACGCUACUUCAUUAAAAAUUUUGAAAAAUCCAAUAUUUCCAUUAAUUAAUGUUUUAAUUGUCGAAGAUAACAUAAUUAACCAAAGUAUUUUAAGUAGCGUACUAAGAAAGCACAAGAUACGGCAUAAAUUGGCUAAAAACGGUAAAGAAGCUGUUGAGAUUUGGAAAAAGGGUGGUAUUCAUUUGAUCUUUAUGGAUUUACAGCUACCUGUAUUAAGUGGUAUCGAUGCAGCCAAACAAAUUAGAUUAUACGAAAAAUUAAAUGGUAUUGGUAGUAUUACUCCUACUACGGCCUCUAGUAGCACUUCUAUUGCUAAAAACAUUUUAGAUGCCACUGCCACUACCACUGUUCCCAUUUCCAAUUAUAAAUUGGACAAAUCAAAAUUUAGAGCACCGGUGAUAAUUGUUGCAUUAACAGCCUCCAACUCUCAAAGUGAUAAACAAAGAGCACUAAUUGCGGGUUGUAACGAUUAUUUAACCAAGCCAGUUAAUUUGGUAUGGUUAAGUAACAAGUUGGGUGAAUGGGGCUGUAUGCAAGCUUUAAUUGACUUUGAUGGUUGGAAAUUUGGUCAAAGAAGAGUCAAUAGUGAUAAUAUAGUAUUUGAUGCUAAUUUAGUCACAUAG